AUGCAAUCUCUUUAUUUUCGACCAACAGUUCCUAUUAUUCCGUUCCAGCUACCCGGUGUACUACCCCCUCAUGUUGAUUUAACUCAAGAGGAGGAUUUGGAUUCUGUUUCCUUACAAUUUCAACAAAAAAGGUUUUAUGUGGAUGUUAAGAAAAAUCGACGUGGUCGUUUCAUGAAGAUAGCUGAGGUUGGUAUCGAUGGUAGAAAAUCAAGAAUUCUUCUUACAAUGACCGCUGCUGAUGAGUUGAAGGAACAAAUACUUGAUCUUGCAAAUGCCUAUGAUGAAAUCACUGUUAAAGAAUCUGAGCAAACACAACAAACACCAGAUUCUGCUAACACCGAUGGUGUUGUCAAAUCCCAUACCCUUAAUUAUCCUCAUCGAAGGUACUAUUUGGAUCUUAAGAAAAACAAUCGAGGAUAUUUCCUUCGAAUAACUAUGAUUUCCUCAAACGCUCGAAUCAAAUUAGCCAUUCCAGCCGAAGGUAUGAGAAAAUUGUACAGUUCAAUAUGCAGCAUGCUCAAAACUUGGUGGGUUCCUGUUCCAGAGCAGACUAGCACAGAAGUUAGCCUUCCUCCAUCUAAAGCCUUCCGAAUCGACAAUCGUACACUCUACUUUGACCCCGUUGCUAAUAAACAUGGCGUAUUCUUGCGUAUUUCCCAAGUAUGGGCUUCUAGCCGUUCCGCGAUAACAAUUCCCGCUCAAUCCAUGAAUAAAUUCAGGGAAAUUAUUAAUGAAUUUGCUGAUCGCAUAUCUGCAUCUACAAUUGACGACAAGGAGAAUCAGCCUGAGGGGGAGGAAAUUCCUGUCAGUGUUGCCGAAACAGAACCCUUGGAAUCCCAGGAUAAUGACUCAAGUCACCAGGGAACCUCGAUCUGA